GAGAAGCGAGAGAGAUGGGUACCAUCGAGGAGCGGGGUGGAUUUAUCGGAGAGGCGACCUUCGCGAUUUCUUUUUAAAGCCACUGCGGUCUCAACUCGAGUCGCCUGUCCUCGGGGCUGCUCCAGUCGUCCCUCCUUCAGGUGCUUCAACGUUCGAAGGGCUAUCUCCCCAAACUCGCGCUGCGAUCUCUCUCGGCCCUGUCCCUUCUCCAACCGACGGUGCUCCGUCUCCGUCCCCUUCUCUUCCUCCCUCGCUCACUGGCAUCAAAGAGAAAAUAAAGCGGGUGCUGGGUACAACUAGACACUGCAAUGGGGAGUAGGAAAUGUACCAACAAGAGUGAAGGGCCAUCUAGUGACUCAUCACCAAAAGGAAAGAAAGGUUUACAGAUCGAGGGGUAUCCAGUCGAGGGAUUAUCAAUUGGAGGGCAAGAAACAUGUGUGAUAUUUCCCACACUCAAAAUGGCUUUUGACAUUGGUAGAUGUCCCCAACGAGCCAUCUCCCAGGAUUUUCUCUUCAUCUCCCAUGGCCACAUGGACCACAUUGGAGGACUGCCCAUGUAUGUUGCUACACGAGGCUUGUACAGUAUGAAGCCACCAACUAUAUUUGUUCCAGUAUCAAUAAAAGAAAAUGUGGAAAAGCUAUUUGAAGUUCACAGGGCAAUGGACCAUUCCGAAUUGAAGCACAAUCUUAUAGGCUUGGAUGUGGGUGAAGAGUUUCAGAUAAGGAAGGACCUCAAAGUGAAGGCAUUUAGAACUUACCAUGUAAUACCGAGCCAGGGUUAUGUAAUUUAUUCUGUAAAGCAGAAACUUAAACAAGAAUAUGCCGGUCUUACUGGAAAUGAGAUCAAGAACUUAAGAUUAUCAGGUGUGGAGAUAACUUACACAUUGACAACACCUGAAAUAGCUUUCACUGGAGACACCAUGUCAGAUUUUAUAGUUGACCCAGACAAUGCUGAUGCACUGAAAUCACGAGUUCUUGUCAUGGAGAGCACUUUUGUUGAUGAUGCUGUUACAACAGAGCAUGCAAGAGAAUUUGGUCAUACUCAUUUGCUAGAGCUAGCACGUUAUGCUGAGAAGUUCGAAAACAAAGCUAUCCUUCUAAUCCAUUUUUCAGCUCGAUAUCAAUCAGAGGAUAUCGAGUCAGCUAUUACUAAACUGCCUCCAUCUUUUUCUGGUCGAAUUUUUGCACUAACAGAGGGCUUUUGACUCGAGUUAUUAGGACCUGGCAUAGGCGCUUUCAAUCUUGAAGGCUAGGGAGGCAAGAACAACUUCGCAUCUCAAUGGAGCAUCAGUAGGCUGCUCUCGGGGGAUCCCAACCCCAAUCCAAUUGCAUUCUUCUUUUUCAUGGUGCUGCUCUCGGUGGAUCCCAUCCACUCUCUUGGAACUCUUUAGACCAAAUUUAAACAGUGAAAUUAGGCAGUAUUUCAUGUCCAUCUCUUCUGAUUAAGUCACAUUAAAUUCUUCAAAUUUUUGAGAUAAAGUGUGUAUUCGAAAUGCAAUUUCUAUUGGGAAGAGGAUCAUCGCAACAAAUCCGUUCAGAGUUCAAGCAUUUCCAGCGUGCUGUCUAGAGGCCUCUUUCCUUGGGAAGAGUCUGCUUUAAGUAUGUGACUGAGAAAGAUCACCAUUGAUAACGGUUUUUUGCUUUACCACAUAGUCUUCAGUAAGGGGAAUGAGAAAAAGGUGAUUCACUUUCUUAGGACGGAAUAUAAAACUUUAUUGGGUUAUCGAGACAUGGGGUGUAUUGAAGCUUUUCAAAGACAAAUUGUAUUGAUACUAAUUAAAGCUCAAAAGUGAGAAGGUUGUGGUCGUACAUAAGUAUUAUUUAGGAUGCUCAAUAUGUACAAAUUUAUCCUAUUUUGGCUGUGCAGUAGGGAGAGAACAUUUUUUUUUCUGUUCCUCUGUUUUCCUCUUUAGUUUAUUUUGUUAGUUCUAGAGUAAGUCUAAAAUUCCAUAUGGUUGGAAAUAUGUUAUUUUGCAACUGCUAUCUGAUUUUACUCGUUUUAAGCAAGUGGAAUAUUAAGAAAGGAGAUAGUUGGACAAAUAAGCGAGGAAUAACCCCCCACUUUCCCCCUUGAUUUUUGGAUAGAACAUGCUUUCAGAUGCAGUAUUGGAGUACCCCUACAGAAAUUCCCCUUUCUUUAGCUGAACGAAGAUGGUUAAACUCCCACUGUUGGAAUUUGGAAUUUGUCCGGAAAGGUUGCAAGACUCCACAUCCCGACAAUCUGUUUUUUAUUUUUUUGGAAUUCCUUUGGUGCUCCUCCUACUUGGAGAUAAUUUGCUGGAAUAUCCGAGGUCGUAAC